ACGGCUGUGUACAGGUCUGAGUUGCAGUGAGUGAGCGAGUGUCCGUCGCCUCUGGAGAGACUCACAUAAAAGGACCAGGCUUUUGACUCAGUCAGUCAGUCAUGUAUGUGAGCCCGAACGAGCACCAGCCACCACACACGCGGUCUGCUGAUUGUAUAGAUGUUAAAAACAUCUAUUAUAAUUUAUAAUCCUGAGAUAAACAUAUACGAAUAAAGCGAGUAAGUAUAACCCAUCGUAUCACAAACUUUGCUGCUGUCUAUAAGCAUCAGCGAAUCGAGUGAAGCUUCGCUCAGUUGUCCGAACUUUGAUGAUGAUUGUUAUUGACGCCACGAACUUCUGACGCUGAGGAGGCGACCCUUGGAAAAGCAGCAACUCCCAAAGGAUUGUUAAAAGCAGCAACAGCAGUAGAACCAGAACUAGCAUUGGUCGCCUCUGAUCGACUUGGUGUUCCAACGUGGCAACUAGGUGACGUCACGAGCGUGAAUCUGGAGUGCGACGGAUGAAACGGUUGUGACGAAGCGUAGCAGGUGCGUCAACUCGUAACGUCGCAGCGUUUACUGAACGUAACAAGGCCGCUGCGGCGGAAUUAUUAAGUUACGUAUAGUGACUACAUUUAUAUAUAUACCUCUUGUGUCGAAUAGAAGUCGUCACUUACUUCCGCCAUCAUGGCGUUCGCUGGCCUCAAGAAGCAGAUCAACAAAGCCAAUCAGUUUAUGAAUGAGAAGAUUGGCGGCGUUGAAGGCACCAAACUUGACGAUGAGUUCGUGGAGAUGGAGAGGAAAACGGACAUCAUGUGCGAACUGGUGGAGGAACUACAGCUCAAGACGAAGGAGUUCCUCCACCCCAACCCAGCCUCCCGAGCCAAGAUGUCCGCCGUCAAGGGCAUCGGCAAACUCUCCGGGCAGGCCAAGGCAGCUACUUACCCACAGCCUGAAGGCGUCCUAGGAGAAACCUUGAUCGCCUACGGCAGGAAGAUCGGAGAAGACAACCUCUACGCAUCUGCGUUGAUUGAAAGUGGUGAGAGCAUGAAGCAGAUAGCCGAUAUCAAGUACAAUUUAGAUGACAACAUAAAAAUGAAUGUGUUGGAGCCCCUUCAUCAACUCAGCACGAAAGACAUCAAAGAGGUUCAGCACCAUCGAAAGAAGUUGCAGGGCAGGAGGUUAGACUUCGACUGCAAGAAGAGGAAAAAGGAUAAGGCACUUGGCAGCACGCCAACUGGUAGUCCAGCCCGGAGCCCAGGUUGGGGGGGAGGUUCCCAUGUUACAGACGACGAAAUCAAACUGGCAGAGGACAAAUUUGCAGAGUCGUUACAUUUAGCACAAAUGGGAAUGCAUAAUCUUCUGGAUAAUGAUGUGGAACAAAUAUCUCAGCUAGCCACCUUUGCAGAAAAUUUGGUGGACUACCACAGACAGUGUACUGAAAUCCUUGAAGUUCUUGCUACAACUCUUCAGGAAAAGAAGAAUGAAGCUGCUAGUCUUCCUAGGCCAGAGUUUGUACCUAAAACUCUGUCUGAUUUAGGUGUGAUGGAUACACUAAAUGGUGGCCUUCCUUCAACAAAUAUUUCAGCCACCACCCCUCAGAGGUCCCCGUACGGUUCGCCCGCCCGCUCUCCGGUGCACACCCCCACGCACACCCCCCAGUACCCAGGCUCGUCCCCCCUGCCUUCCCCAAUGAAUCCGGGCCAACCCAACUGGGAGCCUCUCUUCCCCCCUGGAGGCCCCCCGCGCUCGGCUAAUGCAUCUCCAUUACCAUCGCCUAUGAAAAGCCCUGCUCGGUCGCCAAUGAUCCAGAGCCCUGCAGCAGUUGCUCUGUAUGACUUUGAGCCCGAAAACCCUGGUGAAUUAGCAUUCAGUGAGGGUGAUACCAUUAAUCUUACCCAGAGGAUUGAUGAGAAUUGGUUUGAAGGAUCUUUGAACGGAAAGUCAGGAAUGUUCCCUGUAUCAUAUGUGAAUGUGACUAAUCCUUUACCUUAAGUUAUAAAAUGUACUCCUACUUUACCCUAACCCAUGGGCGCUUGCUGUUACACCAGAAUUUGAUAUUAAGGAAUUAAUCAAGAUUAAGUAUACAGUAAUACAGUAUACAUGUGUAUGUAACAUCUAUAAGCAGAUACUACAGAAAACUAACUGCCAGAAUUUCAGUUACCAGCACUUUCAUAUUUAUUCAUGCAUCAUCAGGGACAUGAGACAUAUUUGUGCUCCAACGACGCAUGAAUAUAUGUGAAAGCGCUUGCUACUGAAAUUCUGCCUGUUAUUUUCCUGUGGUAGUCACUUAUACAAAAAUCAUAUACAUCUUGUGAUUUUUUAGUAUGUGUACAUAUGUAUGAAUGUGUACUGUUUAUAAUGUAUACUUGAAAUAUUAUUAUGGAUGUCAUGAGAAAAUUUCCAGUCUAAGUUAAUAGAAAACUUUGAAAGCAUCAAUAUAGAAAUGAUGGUUAGUUUAAGAGUAUUUCUUAGUAUCUCUAAGGAAGUUUAGUGUUAAGCAAUAUUUUUGACCUAGAAAUCUAUCAAGAGAAAUGUACCAAGUUACUCAAUUUUAAUUGCUGUAGUGUCGCUACUAUAUACAGUGACAUUAGCUUUUUGCCUCAUUACACAGUUUUGCAGGCAAUCUUAGAUGUGUAUGCAAUAGCUUUGAUGUAUUUCAGUUGAAAUAAUCACUGAGCAUCAGGCAACAGGGUCCUUUAUUUUCAAGGUUAACUAUAACCCUGUUGUAAAUUAUACUAGUAUGUAUUUUAAUACUACUAUAUAGUAUUUAAAAGACUGUAAAUGUAAUAUGGAAAGUUUUCACAGUUAUGUUUUUCCAUCAAAUGAUGACAGCCCCUAUUAGUAUAUCUUGCAAUAUUUAUAUCAUUCUUUGCAAAGUAAAAAUGUCUAUAAACUGGUACAAUAUUGCAUUCUUUAAUGAAGCAAUGUGUGAACACUACCAAAGGACGUUGCAGUCCCACUAUGUGGGGUGAUCAGCGUACCAUAUCACAUAAUUUUUGAGACAUUGAUUUCUAGAUGCUACAACUCCCCUUUCAUGAUUGCUGCUGCAGGCAUUCAGAUACUCUUCUUAUUUGAUGCUCUUGUAUUAUGAUAAAUUGUUUGAAAUUUACUUGUGCAGUCAAGGCUAAUUUGAAAAGAAGACAGAUAUAACCAGUUUGAUGCAUAGAUAACAGUCUUGUCACAUGAAAACAAUUAGCAUUAUUUGCAUUUCAGAAAGCUUAUUUGUGAAAGUAGAAUAAACUUUUAACAGAUUUCCUGCUCCCAUGGGUUUUGGUAGGUAAGUAUGGUACCGUAAUGAAUGAGCAAAGGUUCUAUAAGAAUUAUUUCUUUCAGAAUAACACCUUAUAUCUAUAAUGUUUCAUUGAAGCAGAGUUUGGGAAACUGAGAGUAACUAAAUCUCUUUGAGGCGUAAAUGAAAUUUAUAAUCAUUGCUGAGCAUGAAAAGAUGAAUUUCAUUUCAAUGAAGUUUUGGUUAUUCAAGAUUCCAGCAGUUUUUCAAAGAUUGUGAUUAAAUUUUAACAAUUUAGCUACAGGUAAUUUUCAAUGUAGAUUUUUAAAUAAUGAUAAUUGACCAGUAACAGGAACAUAUUAUUAUUUAUUGGGUAUAUAAAAGAAAGAUGAAACGUAAAAAUAUUAGCCACCUGUCAAGAGAUUAUUAGUGAGCAUGGCAGUUGCAGAUACCUCAGCAAACCCUCAGUCUUAUUGAGGUUCCAUGCUGUUUACUGCUGUUGGUCACUAUGUAGAAGCUGCUCCUCAAUAAUUCACAAAUUUGUACGUUAAAAACAUUACAUAAAAAACAAGAUAUGUUAUCUGCAGAUAAAUGAUUUACUUCAGUGGCUACAAGUUAUAAGAGACUAUACUAGUCGUAAAAUGAGCAAUUUGAUAGGCAUAGUCUUAUCAUAAGUUUACCAAAUUACAACUACUGCAGAUAACAGUAAAGCAAUUACACUUUCUUCUGUAAGCACUUGUUUGAAGUGAACUUGUCAACAAUGAUGGUGAUAACAUCAGUGUUAUUCUCAAAUCCUAGUGUCUUUAAAAGUCAGCCAAUUGUUGUAUCUGUAAUAUUGUGAUGUUUUAAGUGUCUCAGAUGUUAAGUGAUGGAUUUGGAAGUUCUGUUAAAGUCUGGAAUGAGUGAAUUUAUAAAACUUAUAUUUGCUGAGUGAAUGUACAGAAGAGAAUUUUGUUCCAAAAUGUGGUGUGUGUUUUUAAUCAUGGUUAUAUUUAUGUCCAUUUUGCCAACAUUUUUGUAAUGCUAUGCUGUACCUUUACAGGUACUCAGACAUUUAGCAAAUUCAUGUAAGUCAUCUUUAGCUCUAUUGUCAUAAGAGUUCAUUUAAGUCAUCUAUAGCUAUAUUAAGUCAGUUAAAAAGAGUAGCCAAUCAUUCAAUUUAUUUAUUUGGGGCUCUCAUCUGUUGUAGUGGAAGACACAAAAACAGAAGAGAAGUCUCUGUGGGUAAUUUAAUUUCAUUCCAGGUUGGAAUAUGUUAGGAACUAAACAUUUUUAUCAUGUCUGUUUUAUGAUGUGUAGAAUUUUUGAAUGUUUGUCAAUUGAUCUGUGCUUGUGAUUACAUUUACAGUAAUUGAUAAAUAUGUUAUACCAUAUAAAAAGUUUAAAUGAGAAUUUUAAAGCUAGAUUAAAAGAAGAAAGGUCAUUAAUAAAAUAGCUUAAAAUUUUAGCUGUAAAAUUUUAUGAAUUCUAGUUUUAACUGGAGUUAAGUUGUACAUAAUUCAAUUUUCUCUGCCUAUUUAUUUUUCAAACAAGGCUAUUAUAUGUGUUCUUGUAAAUAGACAAAAAUUAGAUGUGCUAGUUUAGCAAGUUAAUAUUGACAACUUCUUGUACCCAAGAGAAAAUGAUUAACCUUCAAGUCCUUCCUCUUGUACCUAGUGGUAUUGGGUUGACAUGUUGAUACUUAAGUUUUUAAUUUGAGCAGAGUACAAGUGUCCCUAUUUUUAUUAUUUCAAUAUGUACCAAAAAUACCAGUGCUGAUAUUCUCAUGAGAGGUAAUGAAGCUUGUAGGAAGACUGAUGUUUUGUUUAAGCCUCUUUUUUUAAAUUUAUUAGUAUAAAUUAUAUUGGGAGUCAUUGAUCCCAGUUUGAAUGCCCAAAAGAACCAAUAAAUGGCAGCUGUUUAAAAAUCCUGAUGAUUAUUUAUUGGCAUUACCGUUAAAAAUAUCUUGAAAUUAUGGAUAAUGUAUUUAGAGGAUUCAUGAAAAUGUUAAAUGUAAGUCAGUGUUGUGAAGUUUUGCAAGUGAUAUUUUUUUUAUGCUACUGUUCUUAAUUCUAUUUACUUUUGUAGUGAAGACCUGUUGGUGAAAUCUAAAAAUGCUGUGAAUAUUCUGUAAUCAAAAUGUUCCUCUCCUUAUAGUCAACUAUCUGGAAUACUAAGCAUAUACAACUUUAUAUUCCUUUUAAACUUCAGAAAUAUUUCAUGUCUUGGGCUUAUCUGUUAAAUCCUGGCACUUGAGUAGAUAUGCUGAGCCUACUCUUACACUGAAUUGUAAUCACUAAUAUUUAACUUGGAAUGAAAAAACAUACACCGGGAAGUGGUCAUUGAGGUAUAUAAACAUUAUUAUUGGGAAUGGUAUCAAAAUCACCUACCAGUUUUGAAGGCAUGAAAAUAAAUUUACCUAUUUUAUGUUGAGGGUUGUUAGACGGAUAUGUAAAAUCUUGUGGAAGUGUGCAGGGGGACAAAACAUAAAUUUGAAUGCUACUUCAAUGCUGUGCAAGAUUCCCUCCACCAUUACAUAGAUAUUACAUACCCCAAUGAUUAUCUACAUAACACAAAGUAUAGAUAAAAAAAUACUUGCUAUGGCACACAUUCGUGUCUAAUAUCAUUAGUCACAUACUAAGCGUGACAUGCGCUUGCUGUCUCUGGUCUCAUAUCUGUAGCUGUCUCCUUUCUUACUCAUAACUCUCUGCCUUGAUGUAUGUAACUGUACCCCUAUCAUUGUUAAUAUCUUUUAGUGCUAUUGAAACUUCUGUAACUAAUGUCUGUACAUGUGAAAUAAACGUUGAUGAUAUGCAUAA